AGUUUAAAACACAUUUUGGAAAAACAUGAUGAAGGAGGUGGAUGUUGUGGGAGAAAUUGAACGUCUGUCUUCACUUUUGGACGAGGAUGGCAAACCCAAAAGAACAGGUACAGCAUGGACAGCAAGCGCACAUAUAAUAACAGCAGUGAUUGGUGUUGGAGUGUUGUCUUUGGCUUGGGCCAUGGCCCAGUUGGGAUGGAUAAUUGGCAUAUCCUCAAUCUUGCUCUUUGCAAUUGUCAAUCUCUAUACUUCAAAUCUUCUAGCAGAUUGUUAUAGAUCACCAGAUCCUGUCACUGGCAAGAGGAACUGCACUUACAUGGAGGCUGUGAGAAUCAACUUAGGUGGUAAAAUGCACAUGUUGUGUGCAUUUGUCCAGUACAACAGCCUUAUUGGGCCAGCAAUUGGCUACACAAUAACUACAGCUAUAAGUGUGGUGACAAUUCGAAAAACUAAUUGUUUCCACCAGAAUGGAAUCGCAUCUUCGUGUCAGUUUUCAACUAAUCCAUACAUGAUUGGUCUUGGAAUUGUUGAAAUAUUUUUGUCACAAAUCCCCCAUUUUCACAAGCUCUCGUGGCUCUCAAUCUUAGCUGCAGCCACGUCUUUUGGUUAUGCAUCAAUUGGUGCUGGACUCUCUCUUGCUCUAAUCAUCCAAGGGAUUGAAGCAGGGAAAGGAAAAGGUACCUCUUUAAUGGGGGGAAGCAAAAAACUGAGUCCAAUAGACAACUUCUGGAAAAUUUUCAUUGCACUGGGAAACAUUGCACUUGCUAGUUGUUAUUCUCAAAUUGCCAUUGAUAUUCAGGAUUCUUUGAGAUCAUCACCACCAGAAAAUAAAAUAAUGAAGAUGGCAAAUAAAAUAGGUAUAUCCACGAUGACAUGUCUUUUCUUGGUAUGUGCAUGCUCUGGCUAUGCUGCAUUUGGCUCAGAAACACCUGGCAACAUCCUAUUGAGCUCUGGCUUUAAAGAGCCUUUUUGGCUAAUUGACUUGGCUAAUGUCUUCAUUAUUGUGCACUUGGUUGGAGCAUAUCAGGUUGUUGUGCAACCGAUUUUUAGUGGAGUUGAAACAUGGGCUAGCCAAAGGUGGCCAAGCUCAAGUUUUGUUAAUGGAGAGUACCCGAUGAGCAUUGGGAAAAUGAAGUUGAACCUUAACUUCUUUAGGCUAGUUUGGAGGAGCAUGUUUGUGGUGGUAGUGACUGUUUUGGCCAUGGCAAUGCCCUUUUUCAAUGAGAUACUUGCCCUUUUGGGGGCCAUUGGGUUUUGGCCAUUAACUGUAUAUUUUCCUGUGGAGAUGUACAUUGUAAGAAAGAAGAUAAAAAAAGGAACAACUAGAUGGUUUGGACUUAAAACCUUGAGCAUGGCUUUCAUGUUAUUGUCGGUGGCUAUAGCAUGCGCUGCCAUCCAUGGGGUGAAUCAAAGUCUUCACAAGUACAAGCCCUUCAUGUAUAAGGAGUAGCUGAAGAGUGUAAUGUGCUAACUGUAAAAGUUUGCUUUAGAAUAAAUGGAGAUGAAAAGGAAAAAAUUUAAGGUGACGUGUUACUUUUUUUUU